AAAACAGCGUGUAGCUUCCGCUGUGAGUCCAUUUGUAUUCUUUAGUUUAACUGUUCCUCCUCCUCCUCUCAAGGGGCGACAGAGGGCGGUACAACCACACAAAUACAUAGAAAUGCGAGAAGAAGAAGAAGAAGAAGAAGGUCCCGUAUGUAACAACAACUACAACAACAACCACACACAGAAAUGAGUUGCACUUUCCACCUCCUGGUCUCCUGCAGCAACGUCUAUGAUGGCCGUUCUCUGCUCGUCUUGUCUCGAGGGUUCCUGUUGCUCAGGGCGCUCAGCUCCAUGCACCAGAUCAGCCGCAGGCUUCAAGAGAGCUACAGGCUUCUGCGACUGCCUGACAAGGGACACAGCAGUCCUGUGCAGGUGAAAGAGGCCAAAAUCUAUCACCCGGACUCGGGGGCUCCGACUGCCGAUGCAAUGCUGUUUGCUCAGGUUGAGGAGGCCUACCGUGCUGUGCUGGCACAUCAGAGUAAGACCAAGCAACCCGAUGGAGGGAUGGAAGAUGAGCACGAGUUCAGAGGUACAGCACUUCCACACAGACACUACCUCAGCUACGAGGGUGUGGGUAUGGGCACGCCCAGCCAGCCUGAGCGUCAGUACCGGCAGAUUCGUGUCGACCGGGCGACCGAGCAGGUUUUGAACUACCGGCAGAGGGAGCACGAGAGGGCAGCCGCUGCAGAGGGGGCGCUGGUGGAACGGGACAUACGUCAGCGCAGCCGAAAGAUCAAGAUCACCCAGGCUGUGGAACGGCUCCUGAUCCAGGAGUCCAUGGGCCGAGGUGACUUCAGGAACCUGAGUGGAGCUGGAAAGCCCCUGAACAAGUUUGAGUAUAAUCCAUACGCUGAUCCUAUGACCCACAACCUCAACCGCAUCCUCAUAGACAAUGGUUACCAGCCAGCGUGGGUCGUCGCACAACGCAACAUCCGAGAGGCCGCUGCUCAGAUCCGAAAUAGGUUACUGGCGGGCAGGGCCGGACUCGGCGACCCCCCGAACCCUAAACAUCACAGGCAAUGGGAGCAGCUGUGUGCGUCCGUAGAGGAGGAUUUGGUGAAACUUAACAAGACGGUGGACAAUUACAACCUCAUCGCACCGAUGCUCAACAUGGAGCAGCAGGGAGAGAGAGAAAAGGAGAGGCAGAUGAGGAAGGAGGAGAAGAAAAGAGCCAACGCAGUAACUAAGCCUACAAAUACCAAACAAGGCUUAGUGUCCUGGAUGAAGGAUUUGCUCAGAUUGAAACCCUAAAUCUCUGAAUCUUAGUGAACAGAAAAUCAGUGGUUUAUUUAUUUUUCAUCUCACUUAAACCAAUCAUUACAGACUUGUUCAUCAGCUUACUUCUAUACACUCAGAGACAAUAGUCCUUCACCACUAACAUGUUAGGAACUGCACAUGUUGAUAAUGGAGAUUGUUUCUAUAACAUUUCUGAUCUGAAAAUACAAACCUAACGCUGUAAAUUGUGGUUGCUGUGUGACAUUAAAAGUAAAGAGAAUCAAAAUUCUCGUGUUACAGAGUUUUACAUCUUCGAAUGUGGAACGUGGUUAAAUAGCUGAAUGUCUCCUUCUAGUCUGGCAGCUGCUCCAGUGUUGCAGGGUUGCAGAUAACGACGGGCUCCUGGCUGCUGGCUCCGUUACCUGCAGCUUCCCUGUGAAUCGCCUGAGCCACGGCCCUGGACGGAGUCGACACCUUGGUCCAGUCGUGGGCGAUGUACUGGUGGUACGGAUCCUGAGAGCUCUCCAGCUUCUUGGAGCGAAUGUAGCUGAACAUGAUGCCGAAUGUGAAGAAGCUGAACAUGCCAACCACCAAGAGGAUGUACAUCAUGCCCUGAGACUGAGCGUGGGCCCUGGCUCCAGCCACGUGGUACACGGCCUGCUGGGCAGUGUAGUUCUGAUGCAACUGUGGAGACAGUUGACUUGUGCUGUUGAGGCAGUGCUGCAGGAAAGACAGCAGGAGCGACUGCAGCUCGGUGGUGUUGAUGUGUGGCAUGCCUGACCUCUGCUGGACGUUCAGCAAACUGCAACUGAGGAGGACCAUACGAAAAAGAUUGAUCUCACAGCGGUUUGAAGUGCCAGUCCACGGUGGUUCGGGCAGACACCUCCGCUCUCCUCUUGCAGGAGAUGCAGCCCAACAGGAAACUUUGUCCCACCACGGCUUCAGUCAGGGAGUCCACCUCCGCACAGCCGCCAUGACACGGAGACACUAAGGCGGAGAGGAAGAAGAGGAGAAGACACAGAAGUAGAACAUGAUGUCAAAAGGUGAAGGACACAAGAGGGGAGAACAUGCAAGUGUAUGAUUAGCAUCAUAUCUCACUUCAUAGGAUAAUAUGUUGAACACUAACUUACUCAUUUAAUGAAAUAUGUCUGAUCAAGCUGAUUGUCUGAGAAUUUCAUUCAACACCAAAAUAAAAUGGUGUGAAUUAGUCUCAGGAAGGUUCAGUGGAAAUAUCAAUCAAUUAGGAUUGUAUAUGAUUUAUUUUGAAUGCUCCAACAGAAUAAAGACAGAUUCCCUUAUAUAUUGCUCAUUUACAUUUACAAUUAGUUCAAAGUGACUGCAUUGCUUGAGCUUUGACUAAUCAUCCUCAAACAUCAGGUGUUCGGAAACGUAAACCGUUUUAAUAUAAAUGCAUUUCAUAGUCUAUUAAUAGCCCUGGUUGCAGUGAUUACAAUGUUUAAAUAUGUUAUCUUCUGAGAAAGCUCUGAGGAACCUGAAAAGAAAGAAACUCACUGUAAAACAUACAACUCCAACCAGCAACAUCAAUAUAGCGUCUCAUAAUUAAAGGAAUGGACAUUAAUGAUAUGCGACUUACCGAAAAGAUUGAAGACAACUAAAAGAGUCGAGAGGCAAAUCAUUUCUGCUGGAGCAGCUGUUUCCUUGACAUAAACCUGUGAAGAACUGGAGAAAUAUCUGUGGUGUUUAAGAUCACAUUACUGACGUGAAGCCUCUUGAUGCCCGAUUCAUUCCAGGCUCAGUCAUUAGUCAUUAGUCCAUUAGCUCUUUUCAAAAGGGCCAACAAACGAAUGAAAGCCUCCAAACAGAACAAAUGGUCUGAAAAAGACUCGAGUGUCCGUGUUUCUUCGCAGUAGAUUGAAGUCUCCCCUGCAGUCCCUUCUGACUUUAAGCCAGCUAUAAUUAGAGUGUGUGAAUCUAGAGAGUUGGACGUUGUGAGUGUUGAAAGCCAUCAGGAAACCGGAGAUGUUGACAUGACUACGGCUUGACCGCCGGACGCCGGACGACAAGUUCUUUUCUGAUUUAGGUAAGUUCUCCCCAAAAAAAGUUUUCUUUUUCUUUUUCAGUGGUGCUUUGCCAUUUCUUGCUUUAAUUUUAACUUUUGCCAAAAUGUAUUCAUUCUUUUGUAUUUGUUAUUUAGUCAAAAGAAACAGAAGCAGCAGGUCCAGCAUGCAAAGAUCCCCGACAGGUUUGGUUAAACAAAUCCUUUCAGACCAUGCCGGGCGUAAAGGGAUAGCUAGCUUCAACAAUGCAACAUGGUGCUUUUUUGGGGUCUUUAAAUGCUCUGAUCUCCUGUCCCUCUCCACAGGUCAGAGGUCAAGGUCAGCGAUAGAACCCUGCAGCUGGCAGGGAUUCAGUUCUUUGCUCAAGGACACCUACGCAGAGAAACGUUGUCAAUGUUAGGUUAUGAGAUAACACGCAUGUUAUCAUCUCAGGGAUUCCAGCAGGUCUGUGCUAAUGAAAUGUAGUUCUCUGAAGAUCUGCAUGCUUUCUCUAUAAUUCCAUGAAACUGACUUCAACUGGUGUCUGCGGUCCAAAUCUCUCCCUGUUGAAGACCAACAACUAGAUGUUGAGUUGCUUGAUGUCCAGGAACAAUCUGAUGAGUGGGAUGUUGUCAGUUUAUCUUGUAUUUCAUUUCAAAGUGCGCUUGUUUGUUUUAAAAUUGAGACUUUUUCCAGACUUGUUUUCUGACCAGAAAAGAUGCAAAAUCCCAAAUAAGAUUGCAAUAUCAUUCUUCCUUAUUCUUUUUUUUUUUUUUAAAUAAAAAGCUUCUUUAGUUUAAAAUAUAGUAUGUGAUAUGGAUUGUGUACUGAAUGCAUAGCAACUUAUAUGGAAUGUGUAAUGGAAACAAUCGUGCUCAUUUGACUUAAAGAUUUGUAAAUGUUCAUCACCACGUUUAUAAAAAUACAAGCUUCA